GCCAAACGAAAGAGCCGGAGGAGCAGAUAACCCGCUUCACCGUUUAACGUCAGUCUCCACGUUAUUAACUAAUUCCUGAGAAAUAGCAGAAUGUCCGAAGAAAAGCCAAAGGAAGGAGUGAAGACGGAGAAUGACCACAUUAACCUGAAGGUAGCUGGUCAGGACGGGUCAGUCGUACAGUUCAAAAUCAAGAGGCAUACUCCGCUCAGUAAACUAAUGAAGGCAUACUGCGAAAGACAGGGAUUGUCAAUUCGUCAGAUAAGGUUUAGGUUUGAUGGACAGCCAAUUAAUGAAACAGACACACCUGCACAGCUGGAGAUGGAGGAUGAAGACACUAUUGAUGUAUUUCAACAACAGACAGGAGGCAUCUGUUCUUAAGUGGACUGUACUCUUGGAAGAACAUCCACACUAUCUUUUCAUGUUGUAUUUGUUUAUUUCUGUUUUUACUUUUUUUUCACUGUGCUUUGCUGAAUGUCAGGCUGUCCACAACAUAAAAGGGGUUUUUAAUUUGGAAGUCAAAUCAUGACUUUGAGAUGCAGGGUAAUGUUUUUUUUUUUUUUUUUAACUUGUUUUAUUCACAUAAAUGGAUGAUUUGAAAUUGUCCAAGGAAGUGACACAUCUCAAAUCAGAUAUGACUUGUAAAAAAAACAAACAAAAAAAAACCUGUUGUGUUCUCUUGAUGUUGAGAUGACAUCCUGCAUGUCUCAUAAAUUGUAAGCUAAAGUACAUGCCAAAAUCUUUUUUUUCUUCUUCUUCUUUUUUUUUUCUUCUGUUUUAAGUUUUCCAGAUUGUUGUAAGCAUUCAAAUUCAGGAUGAGCUCAUUUUAAUUCAUGUACUUGAUGAAAACUGCUGCAUGGGAGCAUUUGGUUAAUUGCUCCAUAGAUUGGAAAGGCAUAACAUUUUUCUCAUCUCAUAUUUUUUUUUUUUUUUUUUUUUUUUUUAAACCCUUAGAUACAGAUAAUUUCAUGUUUCCAUGCCCAUUUUACCUUCUACAGUUGCUAGAAAAAAUGCUUGUGCUGAGAAAGAUCCAUAUGGAUGGUUUACCUCAAUACUGUCACACUCGACGCAGAUUUAACUGAAUGGUAAAUAAAGUACAGUAAUGUUUAUGGACCAAAAAUGCUAAAUGAAUAGUGUUCUUUUAUAAAAGGGUUUGGUUACCAUAAGAUGUAGAUGUAAGAGAUUACUGUUACUCUGUAACGGUGGUCUUUUCCCACUUUUUCAGGACCUUUUAGCAGUCCAGAAAUGUUUCAUCUAAAGUUAUAUAUUUCACUAUAAAUAUUGAGUCAAUGCUGUGUUUCCAAUUUGAAUACAUUUGUCUAAAAUCUAUCCAUAUUAUCAACAGAUUAGUUUGUUGGACUUGCGUGUUGUAGAAAUCUUGUAAGAAUAUCCACCGUCAUUUUAAAAGUUAACAUUUGCUAGAUUUGCAGGGUGAUAUUGGCAGAUAUUUCACUUUUUUUUUUUUGAUUUGUACAUUUGUUGUCCCUAUACUGUAUACAAUAAAUAUAGUUUGAUACUCA